UAUGGAGCUCGAAAAGCAAGUUGCAAACGAGCAUAAAACGAGCAAGCACAUGGUUUGUCUACGUUCUAAUUUUUUCUUAUUCUGUUACCCUUUGGUUCUCGCUUGGCCAGCCACAAGAACAUGCUGACCGCGCUCAAACUGAGAACUUCAACACGACCGAUCGCACGAACAUUCCGCAUUGUACCAACGUCCAUCAGGAUGCAAUCGACGAACGAGUACGGCCAGGGCAAGACCCACGCCACUGGCGAGUCCCACGUGCCGGGCAAAGUCCAAGAGGCCGCUCCCGAGGGGCUUGAAAAGACGCUUCCCGAUAGCAUCCAUCCAACGGGCAAGGAGCCUGGCCAGAGCACCAACAAGACCCACGCAAAGGAAGGUGGUGAUGCCUCCAUCGUUCCCAAGAAGAUUCAGGAGAAACUCCCCGAGUCCGUGGAGCGGGCUGUUCCCAAUAUCAUCCACGAUACCGGCGAUAAGAAAUAGAGGGGAAGCGUAUUUG